ACCAGGACGUCUCAUAAAGCCUGUGCUUGCGGUUGGAGAGGAUACUUCACAGAUCUGAACAUUGAUUAAAACAUUCGGUGCCAUUUUUAUUUACAUAACAGCUACAGACAUUGGCGGUCGAACUUGUAAAAAUUAUUAGACCUGGUUGUUGUUCAACCAAACAACAGCAAAAUGAAGCAAAACUGUAAUGUACCUGCUUUCCUCAGCAAACUCUGGACACUGGUUGAGGAUCACUCAACAAAUGAUCUCAUCUGCUGGAGCCAAGAUGGCAGUAGCUUUCUAGUAUGUGAUGAGCAGCGCUUCAGCAAGGAGAUCCUGCCCCUCUAUUUUAAACACAGCAACAUGACCAGCUUUGUGCGACAGCUCAAUAUGUAUGGUUUCCACAAAGUGGUGCAGGUGGAUGCAGGGCUACCCCGGGAUAGCCAGAGGGUGGACAGCGUGGAGUUCCAGCAUCCGCACUUCCAGCAGACGCAGCCUCAUUUGCUGGGGCUUAUUCGGAGAAAGGUGUCAGUGAGCCGUGGAGGGGAAGAGGGUAUGGCUCAAGUGUCACAGGUCCUGCUGGAGCUUGGCCAGGUGAGGAGCUGGCAGGACAUUUCUGACUCCAAACUGAUGGGCCUGAGGAGGGAGAAUGAGAGUCUUUGGAGGGAAGUAGACUCCCUGAGGCAGAGGUACCAGCAGCAGCACAAGAUCAUUCGCAAGAUCAUUCACUUCAUUGCCAGUACAGUCCAGUCCAAAGGGAUCACAGGCAUCAAGAGGAAACUGCCCCUAAUGAUUGACAGCUCAGGGGUGUCCCAUUCCCCUCCCAAAUACAGCAGAUCCAUCAGCAUGGAUCACAGCCAGCCAACCUCCACUCUGCAUGGGAUACAACUGGACUCGGUCAGCGGUAGUGUGUACCCAAAUGGAAUGAUCAUCUCAGACAUCACUCAUCUGCUGGAACCCCUCAUAGGAGCACAGAAACAGCGCAGAGCCCAGCUGACUGAGGGCCAGCCCCAGUCCUCUGUGGGGCCUUCUCUAUCCUCCCCCCCAACACCCACUGUAGAGCUGGAUCUCUCCCUGCUGGAGGAUGCUGCAUCUUCUCAAACAGGACAGAAUAGCCCUGACAGGAUUGAUCCGUGUGACCCCCUGGCUCUCAUUGACUCCUGUCUUCCUCUGUCUCCCGGGCCCGGCCUGGACCUGCUGACUGAGCUGUUCAGCCCUGCUCCUUGCUCCCCUGGUGAAGGCUUGCCGGCCGAUGACCUGGGUGGGAGGCAGGGGACUGUGCAGCAGGCCAAUUCUUCAAAUACACAAACAGACAAGCAAACAGUUGCCACUUUAGGGUGGGAUGCCCAGCAGAAAGAUGGGGGUGAAGAGGAGGAAGAGGCGGGUGAGGGCACUGAUAUGUUGCCCACUCUGCUGCAGUUGGCAGAGGAAGUGUCUGAUUUCACUUACCUCGCUGCGCCCUUGUCCUUAGAUGCCCCCUCUCUGGUGUAGGGAGAAAGGGUGUGCACCCAUGUCUGUCACCCAUCACGUUACUGGAUCUGUGGAUGAAACACAGAGAGGGCAAAACUGAUCAGCAUUUAAGUGUUCCUCCAGCAACCACAGAUGUCUCUGACAUCAUUGUGAUCCUAAACACUAAUUUCAUUUCCAUGAACCAGUCUACUUGUAUUCAUAUUAUUGCUAUUGAUAUCAUAACACUUGACUGUAAUGCGACCAAAUUAUUGGUCAGAAAUAUUUUAACUUGUUUGAAGAAUUACCAUAUACAGUAUUAUAUCACUAACUGAACAGAGGAAUAAUAACAGUAGUUCACUUUUUUUGCUGUUACUGUUGGUAGCAGUGUAAGAAUAUGGUACUGACAGAAGAAAAGAAUGUGACUACACAUUACUGCCAGCUGUACUUGAAUAGGAGUAUGAUAGAGAGGAAGACAAGGUAACUGAUGUUACAGUGAGUGAGA